UCUCUCUCUCUCUCCUCCCGCCACAUCCUUUCUUUCUCUCUCUCUCUCCCCGUCCUCUCUCCCUCUCUAUCUCCCUGCCAUGCGUACCCUUUAGCCCCUCCCCUCCUGCAUUAUGAUUGGCUAACCGUGCUGCUGACAUCAGCGGGGCCCAGCUGUUGAUUUGGUGGCUUUGCGUGCAGGCAGCGCCUGAGAGGCUGGCUGGCUGAGGAUGGGUGCGGGCAGGUGUGCAGAGGAGAGGGAGAGGAGCGAGGCUCGGAGUGUAGCCCCCACCCUCCCCUCAGUCAGUCAGUCGGUCGGUCCAGAGCACCGCUACUCGGACGGAGAGAGGGGAGGCUGACUGAAAGAGAAGCUGAGGCACUGAGAGAGUGACUGCUGCCUUCCUGCCUGCCUGCCUGCCUGCCUGCCUGCCAGCGAUCUGACUAUCACCUGAACUGAGCUGAUCAGAGCAGCGCUCUCUGACCCGAUCUCGCCUAUUUCCUGAACGGGACGCGACCUUGUUCCCAACCCCCUCCUUCUUCCCCAACCUUUCUCUGUCUUUCUCUUCUUCUGUCCUUUCUUUCUUAUUUUCUUUUCUUUUCUUUUCUUCUUUAACUACCCCUUACCUGUUCCUGCCUCACCCCCUUCACUCCAUUCCUCCAUCCCUCCCCUCUUUGCAUUCAUCUAUCCAUCCCUUAUUCAUCCCUUAACCUCUAUCCAUUCAAACUAACUAGCUUCCAUAACCACCCCCCCCCCAUUCAAACUCAUUAAGCCCCUUGCCUUAUCCUUGCACCUUUGACCACCAACAACCUUCCUCCUCUGCCUCCUCUGCCUUUGCGUUGUACCCUACCUCCAUCCUCUUCUUUUCUUCCUCCCCUAUUUUCUUUUCUGUUCUCCUCUCCCAUCUCUACCUCUGCCUCCAGCUCCCUUCAUCCUCCCUUUCUUCUCGUCCUCCUCUCUGUCCUCUGCCUCUGCCUCCAACCCCCCCUCCCCAGCCAAUGCUGCCCCAGGUAAUAUGGAAACUAAACCUCUAGCCAAUGGCCAGGAUGAAGCCCUCCGCGAGCAGCCAGGUGUCAGAGGGGCAUGAGGUGUGUGCGUGUGGGCAGAGCUGGUGUGCGUGGGCCCUCCUGCAGCAGCUGCCUGUGGUGACAGGGACAUGGGACUCUCUCCCCCGGCGUCUCGCGGUAGCCUCCUCAGCACCACCUCCACCACCACCGCCACCUCCGCUACACACUCCCCACCGCCACACACACCCUCCAGCGCCCGCGCAGCACCACAACACCACCACCAGCAGGAGAGACCCUACCAGGUCCCGUGCGUGUGGUAGGCGCUGCAGCGGCCGUAGCGCGGCUGUCGUAGUCGCGGCGACCCUCCCCUGCGGCCCUGUGCUGUCCUCUGAUGAGGAUGAUGUCCGAGGCCGUCGCUGCUGCUGCCCAAGAGCGGCCCGUCACCACGGGGACACUGACCAAGGUCCCCUCCACCGAGCCGCCCUCUGCCACCGCCCCCAUCGCAAUUCCCGCCGCCGCCGCAGAGAGUGACGCCACCAGCGCUGGUGACUCAACGCCUACGCCCAACACCCCCACCAAUGGCAACAGCACCAGCAGUAGCCCCAUCAACGCCAUCGCUCCUGCCCCCGCCCAUGCUAUCGCCUCGGCAACGCUAACCACGGCAACCAACAAUGCUGUCAAUGCCAUCAAUGACUCUGGAGUCGCCGCCUCCGCCACGACGGAAGACGGGCCCGUCAUCGCCUACCCCGCCGCCGAAACGCAGUCCAACACCCCAACGCCCGUUCAGAACCAGGUCCAGGUGCCGGUCCAGACGUCCACCGUUACCACCCAGGUCCAGACGCAGCCCUCCUGCUCUGUGCAGACCCAGGUGGGCCAGUCUCAGUCGCAGGUCCUGGUCCAGAGCCAGCCCCCUGUGUAUCCGGUCAGCCAGAGCCAGCCCCGGAGCCGGGCAGCCAGCAUCGCCGAGUCCGCCGACCAGUCAGACCCGUGCUGCCAUGACGACAAGACGGCGACCGCCGAGGUGCAGCCGAGCUCUCAAAGCGCCAAUGCACCUGUGCGUCGGUCUAAGUCUAAUGCAAAGCUAAAGCUAGUUCGGAGUCUGGCUGUUUGCGAAGAGACCUCUCCUCCCCCUAUAACCGAGCUGCCACAAGAGCACCAGGAUAAGAUCCACAUCCAGCUGUCCCAGUCCCAGUCGUUUGAGAGGGAGGAGGCGCCGGGGCGGGAUGACGAGGACAAGGACAGGAGUCUGGACAAGACGGACAAGUCCGACAAAAUGCCAAGGAAGAUGCUCUCCAGAGAUUCCAGCCAAGAAUACACGGAUUCCACGGGCAUCGAUCUGCACGAGUUCUUAGUAAACACGUUAAAAAACAAUCCCCGGGACAGGAUGAUGCUGCUGAAACUGGAGCAGGACAUUCUGGACUUCAUCGGCAAUAACGAAAGCCAGAAGAGAAAGUUUCCCCCGAUGACCUCGUACCACCGGAUGCUGUUGCACAGAGUGGCGGCCUACUUCGGCCUCGACCACAACGUCGACCAGACGGGGAAGUCCGUCAUUAUCAACAAAACCAGCAAUACCAGAAUACCGGAUCAAAAGUUUUCGGAACAUAUCAAAGACGACAAGACGGACGACUUUCAGAAGCGUUAUAUCCUGAAGCGGGAUAACUCCAGCCUGGACCGGGACGACGGCUCGAUGCGCAUGCGCCUGAAGGACGAUCGGCGGAGUAAGUCCAUUGAGGAGCGCGAGGAGGAGUAUCAGCGGGCGAGGGACCGCAUAUUUGCACAAGAUGGCCAAGAUCAUUUUCAGCUGGAGAAAAGGAUCCAGGAAGACGAGAGCAGUGGGAUCAGCACUCAGCAGCGGAGGCAGAUCUUCAGGUUGAGGGACGGUCGCUCGGCCAACAGUCGGCAGAGCAGCUCGGAGAACGAGCCCAAGUACGGCGAGCCGCGGCCCUGGAGCAGCACGGACUCGGACAGCUCGCACCGCAACCUGAAGCCCGCCAUGACCAAGGCCAGCAGCUUCAGCGGCAUCAACGUCCUGCUCAGGGGGGACAGCAGCGGCAGCAGCAAGAGCACCGGCCGACUAUCCAAAACAGGUCAACCGUUCGUCAAUCCUGACGGAAGUGCCGUGAUCUACAACCCCACCAGUGUGACCUCACAGCAGGGGCGGGGCCAGCAAAGUCUGCCCCUCCCGCCCCCUCCCCCUCCCCCACCUGUGCCACACCAGCCAACCAAUCACGUGCUUACACAGCCAGUCCGUGGCCUCCAGGCCUGUGGGCAGCCAGUGCAGUACUCCACCAUCUCUGUCCAGCCUCAACUCCUGCCUGUCACCCCUAACCAACAAUACACUCUGCAGCCGCAGGACAGCCUGAGCACCCAGUUCGGCCACCUGAGCAUGGUGCAGCGCCAAGCGUCAGCCGAGGCAGCGGCGGCAUCGGCGGACCCCCACACUGCCAUCUACCCCUCCUCCGUGGUGCUCCAGGGCCCCCCCCAGCAGGGAGGCUACGUGGUGGGGCCGCCGCCGCCUCCCCCUCCUGGAGGACCCGGCCAGCAGCACCCGCCCCCAACAGCCUACCAGGCCAAUCACGCGCAACCCCCACCUCCGCCACCGCAGCAAGUCAGCCAGCCUGUCAUGCAGCAACAGGGCUACAUGCCGCCGCCCAUGCAGCAGAUGACCGCGUGCUACUGUGCCGCAGGGCAGUAUCCACACUCCAGCCAACAGCACUACCGGCCCGUCACGCCUCUACACUACAGCAACCAGAGCCAAGCAGUAGCCCAGCCCCCGCAGCAGACAGCGUACCAGACGGUGAUGCCAAGCCAGGCGGGGGGCUACCAGGUGGGGGUGCAGCAGGCCCCCAGCCAGGGUCUCCUCAGCGGCCAGCACAGCAGCAUGGGCAGCCAGAUGCAGGGCAUGAUGGUCCAGUACCCGCCCAUGCCAUCCUAUCAGGUAUCGGUGGCGCAGGGCUCCCAGAGUAUGCCCCAGCAGACAUAUCAGCAGCCCAUCCUCAUCCCCAGCCAGGGAAGCCAAGGCCUCCACCAGCCCUCAUCAGGCAUGCAGGUCUACUACAGCGUGCUACCGCCUAACCAGCACACCACCAUGAGCUCCACCGUGGGUUUCCUGCCCCCACCGGGCUCGGAACAGAUGCCCUUCCCCAGACCCACCUCCCCCUGCAGCUCUCAGCCAAUCCCCACGCAGCCCUGCUCAGGUGUGCACGCGCAGCCUCCCCCUGGUGGCGGCGUGGUGAUGAUGCAGCUGACGGUGCCCCAGAGCCACCAGCCGCGAGCCCUCUCCCCACACCAGUGGAAGCACAACAAGUACUACAGCCUGGACCACCAGCGCACCAUCAAGCUGCCAGACAACACAUCCCUCGACAACUCACAGAACAGUCCCCAGCUGGGCAGCCCCUCCAGCUCCCCGGCGCCCCCCUCCCCCACCCCCGCCCACCUGGCCAACAUGAAGAACGUCCGUCCCUCGCACGGCCUCGCACCCCUUCCCAUCAUGCCCCACUUCUCACGACCCUUCGUCCCCGGCCAAGGCGACACACGGUACUCGCUGCUGGGGCAGCCCCUCCAGUAUAACCCCCCCAUCCGCCCCCCUCUGCUACACGGAACACACAUGCUGCCCAACCACCACCACCACCACCACCAGGGUCCGAUGGGCAUCCGUCACCACAGUGGUCGCGGCAGGAAGCCGACGCGGAAGGCCCUCUCCACAGAUCUCAGUGUAGGUGCCAGCCCCCGAGUGAGUGGGCGGUACCUGGAGGCGGCGGAGCAGCCCUCUGACUGGCUGGUGAUGCGCGGGGAGGCGGGGCCUCUGGAGUCCUUUCUGAACCAACCACAGCAGCAGCAGCAGCACCCGCCGCCGCAGCAGCCGCCGUGGCGGACACGAACAGGAACAGGAACUGGAUCGGCCACAAGAUGGCUGCCCCCCCUCCAGCAACACCACCACCACCACCCCACCCACACAUACCACCACCACCACCACAUGUACCCCCCCUCCAUGCCCUCCAUGCCCAUGCCCACCGCUGCCCAGCUCCCUCCUCCCCCCAGCGUGCAGCCCCAUCACAUCAUCAGUGGCGGUGGAGGUGGACCUCCCGUGGAGCUCCAAGAUCCAACAGCAGUUGGACCCCCGAUGGCCUCCAUCCUAAUGGACCCCCCAGGGGUGUCGCUAGUCUCCCCACCUCCUCCAGCCCAGUACCAACAGCAGCCCCCCCAGCCCCAUCACUACCACCACCACCACCACACCCUGGUGGCCCUGUUCCCCGCGCCCCGCGUGCCCCCCACAGGCCUGCUGAAGCACGGCAGCUCCCCGCGCGCCGCCUUCCGCCUACGGACUAGCAGGAGGCCCGCCGACGCCGACACACACGCAGACACACACGCAGACACACACACUGCUGCCACCACCAUCACCACCAUCGCCACCACUGCUACAGCUUGCACUGGUGUUAGUGAUAUCACCAGCGCAGAAGCCACUGCAGCCACGGAGCAACACUGAGGACCGGGAGAUAGGCCGUCGGGGGAGGCGCACACACACACACACACACACACACAGACACACACACACACACACAGACAAAUUAACUCUGACACACACACACACACACACAUACACGCACAUUAACACACACCGCUCCUGACGAGCACCUGGCCUUGCCCCCCCAUCCACACACACCUGUUAUCCUCUCGCCUCAUCCUGUACCCACCGAUGGCCGAAAAGGCAUACACACACAAACACACACACACACGCACAGCAUGCAUACAUGAAUGGCAUUGUCACUCGAGUUAUAAGGGACUGUUUUGGGGAGGGGGGGGUUGUGGGAUGUGUUGUAUUUGUAUUAGUCUCCAGCAGGGGGGGAGGGGACAAAAAGAAAAACAAAGAUCAUCCGUCAGUCUCAGUCAAGGUCAUUAUUUAUAUCACACAACAACACAGAGGACAAAGCAACAAAAACCAAAACGCUAUGAAGUUAACCAACCGGGACUGUUAAGUUCCCCACCCCUUCCCUCCCUUUCACUCAUAAUAAAAAAAUAAUAAAAUAAAGAUUUCAGCAGGACAAGCAACAACCGGGGGAUAAAAUACCAACAACACGGGCAGCCGCAUGUAGUUUCUUUUCCUUGUUUUAGGAUAUAUUGUUUUUUUAUUUUUAUGGUUUUAUUUUGUUUAGUAUGUGAAAUGUUUGUGCCACCAGAGCCAUUGUCCUCCAAAAAAAAGCAGAAGGAAAAAAGAAGCAAAACAAAGAAAUGUCUCCCUGCUCAAUUGGUGUGUACUUCCACACACCAGUUUUCAGAUCUCCUUCCCUGAUCACACCACUUCAAUUAGUCUUUUUUGCUUUCUGUUUUGUCUUAGUCUUUUCUGCAACUCUCAUAUGAUUUCCCCUCUGCGGAUAGUAAUGGUUGCUGCUGUACCUUACCGGCUAGCUCUCUGCCCACUCACACCGCACCAUAGGCGCUGCACUGUCUUUGUCUUUGAGGUUGUUAAGACCUCGCCAUCUGACCACAUCACACUAGCGGCGAGGCUCAAAGUACCACCCCUGACUCCUCUCACAUACUGAGGGCGUCUCGUCAGAAUCUAUCCCUGUUAGCUUUUUUUUUUUCUUGCUUCUUUCUGUGCCUUCUUAUAAAUACACAAAUACACACACACCACAUCUCUGCUCAUCUCAAUCAGUCCUCAUGGCAGUUACACGCACUUGAGUAUUUUUCACAUAAACACACACACACACACACACACACACACACACACACACACACACACACACACACACACACACACACACACACACACACACACACACACACACACACACGCACUGUCACUCGGUUGUCGGAGGGCGGAGGGGAUAACAGUCAAGACUUCUUAAAUAGUAAAUAAUUUAUUAAAGUAGCUGAAUAAUUCAGUCAAAAACAUACCACACACACUCAUCACAGUGAAUGUCACGCUGGCAACAGGCAUAUAUAUAUAUAUAUAAAUAUAACAUGGGAGUGAACGAGAAUAUAUGACGUCUUGGGGUUCUGCGUCCUUUUUUUGUUUUGUUUUGAUGUUUUUAACCUAAUUUAAAAUCAUAUCUUGUUUUUGUUUUGCAAUUUUUUUGCUGACUUUUUUGCUCGUUGUGCCCUAUUCCUCUCCUUCUCCACCCUUCACACACUCAAAUGGACACACACGCACGCACACACACACACACACUCACACACACACAACACUUGCACACAAACACGACACUCACACACCUUGCGCGCAGCCCAGCCUGCCGUGAAGCCUCCACUUGCGCUCAAAGGGUUCUUUCACGCCCCCACCCACCCCAGCCCCCAUUUUUAUAAGGAAAAAUACGCAUCCCAUUUUCAAGGUUCACUGGAAAAAAAACUGUUUGCACAUGUGCGCAAUCCCACCCACCCACCCCAACUUCCUGUUUUUGUUUUUUUGUUUUGUGUUCUUUUUUUUCUUUCAUGUUUGUUGAAGAUGCGUGGACUCUGAAAGGCUGUAAAAUGUUUGCUGGUGCAAGUUGUUUUUAUUUCAGUUUGAAACCAAUAAAUGUUUACACCAA